AUGACGGGAAUUGCUAGCGACCGGACUGUGUCUUGUGGAGAUGGUGGGCAAGUGUCGUUUCCACGGGUUGAUAUUAAAAUUUCAUCGAAUGGAGAGUACAGUUCUUUAGAGAAUUGGCAGCACGAGGACCGGAAUAGAGCCCAGCUUGUGGCCGACAACUUAUAUUUAGGACCCAUGUCGGUUUUGAGAGACAAGCAGUUUAUAAUAAAGAACAACAUUAGAGUGCUGAUAUCGCUGGUGGAUCCCAGAUUGUUUAAUAUUGUCGAUAAGAGAUCCGCCCAGCUGGACCUAGGUCCGGCAUUAAAAGUAGUGUAUGUUCAUACCGAGCCAGCUUCGUCGCUAAGUGCUCAAAUCAGUAUGGACGAAUUUAUGCUGGUGUCACAGGAAAUCAAUCUCGCAAGAGCUGAUCAUGUCUCGAGUCUUGUAUUUUGUGAGACCGGCAACGAAAAGGCUGCUGCUGCUGUGGCUGCUCAUCUUAUCUCGACUCGUGGGUUCACAGCCGUCCAGGCCAUUCAACAUGUACAUUCAUCACGAUUCUCGGUUCACUCCGAUUCACAAACGAUCUACUAUCUCCAAGCCUACGAAUCACUCUGUUCGGCCCAAAAUGCCGUCCAGUCGCCGUCCAGCGUACAACCCAAACGACAACGCGAACCCGACGAGCAGUUUCCGACGGGUCUGACCUCGAAACGGGUCCAUUAG